CGCCGGGACAACCACAUUCCUUGCAGAAGCUUUGGGGAGGAGAGCAAGCGGAUUUCCUCAUUCUUUGUGGAGAAGGUUUUUUAAAUAUUUAACCCCCUCGAUUAAUCUCGGAGGCGAAAUGUCUGGGCGAGGAAAGACCGGUGGUAAAGCUCGGGCCAAGGCCAAGUCUCGUUCCUCUCGGGCCGGGCUGCAGUUCCCGGUGGGCCGUGUCCACAGGCUGCUGAGGAAGGGCAACUACGCCGAGCGGGUGGGCGCCGGGGCCCCGGUCUAUCUGGCUGCUGUGCUCGAGUACCUGACGGCUGAGAUCCUGGAGUUGGCCGGCAACGCGGCCCGGGACAAUAAGAAGACCCGCAUCAUCCCCAGGCACCUGCAGCUGGCCGUCCGCAACGACGAGGAACUCAACAAGCUGCUGGGAGGGGUGACCAUCGCUCAGGGCGGGGUGCUGCCGAACAUCCAGGCCGUGCUGUUGCCCAAGAAGACCGGCGGAGCCAGCAAGUGAAGUGACCUGAUCUGAACCACCUCCCCCUCCCCCCACCCACGAACCUCUCCACCCCACCACCCUACCCUCCAAAGAAUAGGAGAGAGAAAACACACACAAACAAAAAAAAAGGCUCUUUUCAGAGCCGCCCACGGUAUCUGUUUGCAAAGGUUGGGUACAAAGGACUGUGCUGAUUUAAAGAGCGAACAUUGCAAAAGACAAACAAAACCGGCUGUUCUCGCAGCGGGCGGUGAGUUUUUUUUUCGCGAUCUACUAAUAUUUUCCCCGGAGGCUCGGUCGCCGGGGCUCAUUCCGAAACAAGAAGACAUCAAUAGACAUUUCUGGACAUUUGAAUGGUUUGUUGGCGAAGGGGGGAGGGGUGGAGGAGAAAACAUCGAGGAAAAUGGCGCCGAGGUAAUCUGAUUGAAUGGCGAAACCGGCCUGGACAAAGCCACACUGUUGUUCCCUUGUAGAUUUUACUCUGGUCUUGAAAUAAAUUUGAAUCUGAUGUGGGCUUUUAA